AUGAUAACCGUCCGUCAUCAUUACUCAGAUGUGGAAAUAAAAAUUUUGAAUCUACCUCCGGGUCUCAAUGAAAAUGGUUUGAAAAAUUUAUUUUUAAAUGUUGGAAAACCUAUUUCAAUUUAUUUUUAUUCUGACUCUGAAUUAGCUAUUAGAGAUUUAAACGACAAACCACCAUACAAUUUAAAAGUAUAUUUGAAAAAUCGUAAAAAUUAUGCAAAUUUGUUUGAUUCCCAUGAAUCCACGCUAAAUUUUCAAAAGAAUACUCGAGUAGAAUCUACAUCUACAGCCAAUGCUGAACCGAAGCAAAUCGAUGAAAGUAAUUUAAAAACUCGAAACGAAUCCAAUUUCAUUAACAAGUCGAAAGUACUCUCUAAAGUAAUAGAUUACAAGCCAUCUUAUAAAUUUUAUCAAAAAAAAUUAGAUUAUAGAGUAAUAGGUGGUAAUUCAAUUUCAUUGGGAAGAGGAUAUUUUUGUUUCAAAGAUUUAGAUUCGGUUCCAACUCUUAAAUCUCCCAGCACUGUGGUUAUCAGUAGUUAUUCUUCUCUUAAUUCAGUAUUCGUUCGUCAAAUGGAUGAUUUUUGGAAUGAGAAAUUUUUUAGAAUAUGUAACGACGUUGCUCAAAUUGCUAAUGGAGAAAGCCUAAAAUCAUAUCCAAAUGUUGGAGAUGUAUACGCGGUUAAAUACGAAAUGGAUUCAUGUUUCUACAGGGGAAAAAUCAUGGGAAUCGAAAAGGAAAUGGCGAACGUAUUUUUCUUAGAUUUUGGAAAUUAUCAAGAAACUAAACUGGAAGAUUUGAAAAAUUUACCCAAGGAGUUGACGAUUAUUCCACAAUUGGUAUUUAAAGUUUCAUUACUUAACGUUCCCGAUGGUACUUCCACCGAAGCGAUUGAUUAUUUAAAUGAGAUAACAAGUGAAAAUAUCCCAUUGACUUUGAAAUAUAAAGAUUCUGCAAGUUUCGGAGUAACAUUGUUGGAAAAAUAUUCCGGACUUAACGUUAACGAAAAAAUAAAAAAUAAACUUAUACCACCAUGGGAAAAAGAUCCCUUUUUAUUAUCAACAGCAAGUGAAAUUGUUUACAUGGAUUCUUUGUCACACGAAACUCUUGAAAUUGGUGAAACGUACACCCUGAUUUGUUCGCACAUCGAUGAGAAAGAAUUUAACGAAUUCGGUUGUUUUUGGAUGAUUAAUUAUGAUAACGUCAAUUAUUAUUAUUUAAAAAACGAAUUGGAAUUAAAAAUAAAUAAAUACGUGAAUUGUUUCGAUGAAAAUUUUUUAUAUUUACCUAGAGAGGGUGAAUUAUGUUUAGCGUACAUAGAUGAUGAUUGGCAAAGAUGUAUCAAUUUAAAAAGUCCAAAAACAACAUGUUGGUUAUUUCUCGUCGACGUGGGUAAAACGUACAUGGUCGAAACGAAAAAAAUUCGAAAAAUUAUAAAAGAUUUUGUAGAAUGUCCCGCUCAAUGUUUUCGUUGUUUCAUAUCAGGUAAUGUCUCGUUUCGAUAA